CGACCUGCUCUCAAGCUCAUCACCCAACAUUGAACGAUAAAUUGUAUCACGACUUGUAACGGUGUAACUCAACUGGAAACAUCAUGUUUUCGCCCGGAGUUCGAUUCUUAAUCACGAACGCACCUGCGAUAAUAUCCCUCUCGGUCUUGCUCUACUUUGGCAGCGACUUCUUGUAUAACAAGACUGGAGGCGCUUUCCCUCGAUGGGCUAUCGUUCCCCUCGCCAUCGUAGUAGUACCCUACUUAGGUGUGCUCCGUCUCGAAUGGAGUCUUUUCAGGUACCGGCGCACGGCGGCCUCUAUGGGCGCAGUCAUUCCACCUCUUAUCCCUGAUAAAUGGCCAUUCCACCUUGGUAUCCUGGCGGCUAUGCUCGAGAGCUUCCUGCAUGGGUAUCCUGGCGACAAAAUGUGGGAGUGGGUCGCGAAGUUAGGUUAUACCUAUCGCGUCCGCACAGGCUCUGACGAGAGGAUGAUCACCAUCGAACCACACCACGUCAAGUCAAUCCUGGCUACAAACUUCGACUGUUGGGACAAAGGGCCUGUCUUUAUCCAUCAGAUGCAUUCUGUUCUUGGAACAGGAGUGUUCAAUGCCGAUGGCGAUAUGUGGAAGUUUCACCGAAGUAUGACAAGACCUUUCUUCAGCAAGGAGCGUAUCACGGACUUCGAGAACUUCGACCGCCACGCAACGGCUGCGAUUAUGCUAGCAAAAGACCGCCUACGAGCUGGGUUCCCCAUCGACUUCCAAGAUUUGGUAUCUCGUUUCACUCUUGAUUCCGCCACCGAAUUUCUCUUCGACACCGACGUCCAUUCUCUAUCUACCGGCUUGCCUUAUCCAUCCAACACGCCGCAUGCUACCAAAUUCAACAAUGAAACUCAUCCUGCCAACCAAUUUGCCACUUCUUUCGCUCAAGCUCAAAUCGAAAUUGCCAAGCGUACAUUCUUUGGGUCACUGUGGCCUCUGGUUGAGAUAUUUGGCGACAACACUAAGGCACAUAUGAAGAUCAUUGGCAAGUUUAUUGAUCCCAUAUUGGCUGAUGCUUUGAAUAAGAAGCAAGAGAUGAAGGGAGUGGAAGCGGCGGUUGGAGGUACGGGGAAGGUUGGCGAGACUGAGACAUUCCUGGAGCAUAUGGUCAACUUCACUGAUGAUAUAACUGUCCUUCGUGAUGAAAUUCUGAACAUCAUGAUCGCAGGCAGAGAUACGACUGCCUCACUCCUCAGUUUUGGCUUCUAUAUGCUCUCACAACAUCCCGAUAUUCUAAAGCGCCUUCGAUCAGAAAUUGCUGAGACGGUAGGAUGGACUAAAGCACCAACAUACGAUGAGUUAAGGAACAUGAAGUAUCUUCGGGCGUUCCUCAACGAGACAUUGAGGCUGUAUCCUCCUGUCCCGUUCGAUGUGAGGAGUGCAAACAAGCCGACAACUCUUCCAUCUCUACCCGGUGAAGAGCCUAUCUACAUACCUACAGGAACAAAAGCCGUUUACUCUGUAUUCAUGAUGCAUCGCCGAACGGACCUCUGGGGUCCCGAUGCUCUCGAGUUUGAUCCUAGCCGUUUCAUUGACGCCAGGGUCCAGAAGUAUCUCACACCCAACCCUUUCAUCUUCGUUCCCUUUAACGCAGGCCCACGGAUCUGUUUGGGCCAGCAGUUCGCCUACAACGAAGCGUCCUUCAUGAUAGUUCGCCUACUCCAGAAUUUCUCGUCCGUGUCAUUGGCGAGAGAGGCGCAACCACCCAAGACCAUUCCUCCGGAGUCGUGGGCUGAUGUUCCGGGGCGACAGAGUAUCGAGAAAGUUCGUCCUGGGACGCAUCUGACGAUGUUUGUCGAUGGUGGUCUUUGGGUAAGACUUGGAGAAGCCGAGGAAGCAAAGGCGACGACGUGAAAGCGAUGCCAACUGUCCGCCAUCCCAUCAAAGAUCGCUGUUGUCUAGGAAGUGAAGCGAGUAACCGCAUUGUAUCAACGUCUUGUAUCUUGACUCUUCGUGCUUUUCUGCUACGAGUGUACUUAUAUUCUUCCAGCAACCAUGUCCAGAAUUUUUCGACUAUGCUUCGGAUAACCUCCGCGAAUUGUCUUACUUGCGGGUCCUCGGAGCUCCUGAGCCUCGCAGGCCAAUGGGAUGUAUUUGAUCUCCGC